UUUUUUAUUACUGAGAUAGCCUAUGAGAAACUACCUAAUACCUAUCGACGACACGCGCUUAUUGAACUCGACUCCCGUCUCACAGUACGCAACACAAGUCCUCAAAAUCGUAUAGCUUCUGUGCUCUGUCUCCAAUGGAAUCAGAACCCCUAACCGACCCGACAGGACCAAACCAGGACGAGACCAAGACCGAGCCGUCAGAAUUCAAGAAGAAUCAAGAACGGUACAAAGCUCUAAUCUCCACGUUUACUCACGAGAAAGGCUGGAGACCAAAACAACCCUAUAUCGAGUACGGUGGUCAUUGGUGGAUACAAGCUCUCCUCGAAGGCUGCCUUCACGCGCAAGAGUUCUUUCAAGCAAGACCCAACGACAUCUUCGUCUGUAGCUACCCAAAGACAGGUACCACCUGGCUCAAAGCUCUCACUUUCGCCAUAGCCAAUAGAUCUCGCUUCGAUGAUUCCUCGAACCCUCUCCUAAAACGCAACCCUCACGAGUUCGUUCCUUACAUCGAGAUCGACUUCCCUUUCUUCCCUCAACUCGAUGUUCUCAACAACAAAAGCAACACUCUGUUUUCAACUCAUAUCCCACACGAGUUGUUACCGGAUUCGGUUGUGAGAUCGGGUUGUAACUUGGUUUACAUCUGGAGAGAUCCAAAGGACACUUUCAUCUCUUUAUGGACAUUCCUCCACAAAUCAAGGUCACCGUUUGGUCCUGUAAACAGCCUCGAGGAGUCUUUUGAUAUGUUCUGUCGAGGUCUGUCUUGGUACGGUCCUUAUCUUGAUCAUGUCUUGGGGUAUUGGAGAGCUUACCAAGAGAAUCCUGAUAAGAUUCUGUUCCUCAAGUAUGAGUUUAUGAGAGCUGAUCCUUUGCCUUAUGUGAAGAAGCUAGCUGAGUUCAUGGGGUUUGGAUUCACGGAAGAGGAAGAGCAGAAAGGUGUUGCUGAGAAUGUUGUGAAUCUUUGCAGCUUCGAGACGCUGAAGAAUCUUGAAGCUAACAAAGGAGAGAAAGAGAGGGAAGAUCGUGCUGCUGUUUACGUGAAUAGCGCUUUUUUCAGGAAAGGUAAGGUUGGAGAUUGGUCGAACUAUCUGACUCCAGAGAUGGUUGCUCGUAUUGAUGGGAUAAUGGAUGAGAAGUUCAAGGAUACAGGUUUGCUUGAACAUGGUCAAUGACCGGUUCUUGAUCUUUAUGCUCCAUCUCUCUGUUCGAUUCUAUAAUGUAAUAAAUAUUGAUUCCGUUAUAAAAUAACUUAUAAUUUA